AUGUCCAUGACCGUGCAGACUUUGUCCUCAGGCUGGUCCUUCAAGGACCGCGACUCUAGCGAAUGGCUCCCGGUUCCCACAGUUCCGUCCGUGGUGCAGCAGGAUCUCAUCGCAAACAAUAAGCUCGAUGAUCCAUAUCUUGGGUUCAAAGAAUUGGAUGCUCGCUGGGCCAAUGAAAAGUCGUGGGUUUAUCGGACUGUGUUCGAAAGACCAAAUGCUCCGGCGGGUUCUACGAUUGCUUUGGUGUUUGAUGGUUUGGACACUUUUGCGAAAGUAAAGUUGGAUGAUCAUAUCAUUCUCGAGAGUGACAACAUGUUCUUGGGACACCGUGUCGACAUAACAAAAGCGCUGAGCGCCGACGGCGAACACGUUCUCGAGGUCGAGUUUGACUGUGCUCUUCUCAAGGCACGCGAGCUCCGAGCCCAGGAUCCAAAGCACAAAUGGGUGGGGUUCAAUGGAGAUCCAGCACGGAUGGCUGUGCGAAAAGCGCAAUACCACUGGGGCUGGGAUUGGGGACCAGUCCUGAUGACUGCUGGCAUUUGGCGAGCCGUGCGACUAGAAGUGUACAACGCUCGUGUGGCUGAUUUGUGGCCGCAGGUUCGGCUUGCUGAAGAUCAUCAGACAGCUGAAGUCACUGCAGUUGUCGAUGUAGAUGGCCUCGUGGAUAGUGACUUCACGAUCCAAUUUACAUUGAGUCUGAAGGGUAAAGAGAUCGCUUCCCAGAAUAUCUCAGUAUCUGGAAAGACGACUCAGGUCACAUUCAGGGUCAAUUUUCCAGAUUUAUGGUGGCCCCAUGGAUAUGGUGAGCAGACUUUGUACGAGGUGUCUGCGUCGCUAUUUCACGGUGGUCAAAAGGUCGACCACGAGUCAAAGAAAUUUGGCAUACGAACUGCAGAGGUAGUUCAGCAGCCAGACAAGCAUGGAAAGUCUUUCUUCUUCCGCAUUAAUGGGAGAGAUAUUUUCUGCGGCGGCUCGUGCUGGAUCCCAGCUGACAGUCUUCUCCCCGCUGUGAGUGCCGAACGGUACCGUAAGUGGAUUGCGCUCAUGGUUGCUGGCAGACAAGUCAUGAUUCGUGUCUGGGGUGGAGGCAUCUAUGAAGAUGAUGCAUUCUAUGAAGCCUGUGAUGAGCUGGGAGUGCUUGUCUGGCAGGACUUCAUGUUUGGCUGCGGCAAUUAUCCUACUUGGCCCGAGAUGCUCGAGUCUGUACGCCGGGAGACAACAUACAAUCUGAGACGCAUGCGCCACCACCCAUCAAUCGUGCUCUAUGCCGGCAACAAUGAGGACUACCAGGUGGCAGAAUCAGAAGGUUUGACGUACGAUUACGAGGACAAAGAUCCAGAGAGCUGGUUGAAGACGGAUUUCCCGGCUCGUUAUAUUUACGAGAAGCUGCUUCCAGAGGUGGUGGCUGAACACUCGCCCACCACAUUCUACCACCCCGGUAGUCCAUGGGGCGAUGGUAAAAUCUCAUCUGAUACAACUGUGGGAGACAUGCAUCAGUGGAACGUGUGGCACGGAACCCAAGAAAAGUAUCAGAUCUUCGAUACUCUCGGUGGGCGAUUCAAUAGCGAGUUUGGCAUGGAGGCGUUUCCUCAUAUCUCCACCAUCGACUAUUUUGUCGAGAGGCCUGAGGACAAGUUCCCUCAGUCGCACGUUAUCGACUUCCACAACAAGGCAGAUGGUCAUGAGCGGAGGCUAGCAACAUACUUGGUCGAGAACCUACGAUCUGCCACAGACCUUGAGGUUGUACAAGCCGAAACCAUGAUGUUUGGCUAUCGAGGUUGGCGUCGACAAUGGGGUGAUGAAAGACACUGCGGUGGCGCACUUCUUUGGCAACUGAACGACUGCUGGCCAACCAUUUCUUGGGCAAUUGUGGACUAUUUCCUCAACCCCAAACCGGCAUAUUAUGCCGUCAAGCGAGUACUAAACCCGAUUGCUGUCGCAGUGCGGCGCGAGCAUCAUGACUGGAGUGUGGCCCAUGCACAGCCUCCCAAGAGCAGUCGUUAUGAGGUUUGGAUUGCGAGUAAUUCGUUUGAGCCUCUUCAAGGCAAAGUCGAACUGCGGUUCAUCUCCAUCAACACAGGCGAUGAUAUCAGAUCUCCGAUUGUGCGCGACGGCAUUACUAUUGUCCCGAAUGGCACCACAGAUAUCGUCGACGGGGUCAUUGACCAUGUCGCGGAGCCAGAACCUCAUGUCCUAGCCGCACGGCUGUGGGUAGGCGACAAGAUUGUAGCAAGGGAUGUUGACUGGCCGCAACCAUUCAAAUAUCUUGACCUAUCAGACAGACAGCUCCAUGUUCAACCAACUUCUGAGCAUGAAAAUGAGGAGAUUUUGGUGGUUAGCGCACGCAAACCAGUUAAAUGUCUUGUCUUUGAGGAGCAAGAUGGAGUGCGGCUUGAGGACAAUGCGGUGGACAUUGUGCCGGGUGGUGAGCAGACGAUCAAAGUGACUGGCCGUGGAAGUAAGCCUUUGAAGUAUCGGUAUCUGGGGCAAGAGUCAUGUCAGAUCGUCGCAUAA